AUGGCACCAAAAAAGAAGAAAACUCAAUUAAAACUGGUCGCUCGCGGUUUUGCGACAACGUCGGUUCCGAAGAAAGUAGUGGAACCCCCGAAGGAGCCAGAAACACCUGACCCCAAGGAGGAUGCCGUAACGUCGCCAGACGGGCAACGGGUCGACUCCACCAUCGCUGGACAAGCUACGAAGGCAGCGGAGUCUAUAAUCAGCGCCGCCGAUCAGGUCUUGCAGAAGUAUAUCGACAAGUUCCAGGACAAGGUGGAGAAGGAGAUUGCUAGGACAGUCAAGACGAUAGAUCAGGAGCGUCGCUUCUCGGACACCCUUUCGCGUCUGGACCUUGAUCCUGCCAUUGUUAGUCGCAUUCUGGAUCUAGCAUUGGAGUACGAGAAUACAGAAGCCUCCAGAUCGAUCGACGAGCCCGAGGAGAAGGUCAUCGUUCGGUUGGCCAUCACUUACGGCGUGCUCAGACGUCUUGGGUUCUCUGACACCCGAGUGGAAGAGUGCCUGCGUGCAAUCGGUGGGGUGGACAUAGACGAAGCCUUUGAAUGGCUGCAUCUACACUGCUCGGAGGAGGAGCUGGGAGUUCAGCCAGAAAUGAUUGACGUACCCAAGACUCCCAUAACUCCCAAGACACCUCGUACCUUCCGCCCCACUCAUCUUCGGUCUGACACAGGCUCGCUUUCCUCGAGGUCGACUCCUCCCAGCCCCAGUACACACUCUGCACUCGAUGUUAACGCCCCCGCCUUCAUUCCUGGGCGCACGCUGUUCGACACAACUACUCGACACGUUCAAACGGCCUCUGAAGCGGCGGACGGUGCCUCUACCCCCAGCUCUGUCGUCGCACUGUCGGACAGUACACCAGAGUCCCUCCGUUGGUCUCCUGUCGAUGACCCAAACAGCGAAUUUGUGCGACUCAAGCUCAAGAUCCUGGACCUUACGACCUACCGGCGCCCCGAUGAGAAGGCGGAUGCGACUUUCCUGCUGGAACUCCAGCGUCGGCUGAAAGAGGUCGAGGCCAACUACUUAUUCGACGAAAAAGAGGCGCAGGCGCUCUUCAAGCAGGAGCGUAGCAAAGUGGAGGCCUCUGCGUUGCAGGCGAAGCUACGCGGAUUGGGUAAUUCAACUUCGCCGAAGCCUUCGCGUGCCCUAGCGAGGAUCAAGGAGCCGCCGUCUCGCGCUGAGAGCUCUGUCUCUGCAUCAGAUGUUUUUGAUGACGACGACGAGGCACCAGGGGGUAUGUUCGAGCUCUUGGAGUCGAUGCCGGAGACGGAGACGACAGACAGCGGUGUGACCAUCCAGGUCCGAGAUAUGGCAUUGCCUAAGCAUUGGUCAGGUCGCACGCCGAAGCUCCUGCUACAGGAGACUGUCCGCAAGGCGGACAAGUACGCGGUGAUCUCAUACGGUUGUACAUCUGGUUCUAGUCGUGCCAAACGGGCGUCGGUUGACGUCCGGUGGGAUGGUGGCAAGACGCAAGAAUGGACAAUGGACGAUGUCGCUUGCCAUGACAUGACGCAAGCCGAGCAGUACAUCGCAACCGUCGCGCUGCACGCCUUGACAUUCUCAAAUUCUGGAGGCUUCGCGAUUGGUGGAACUGGGGCUGCUGGUAGCCAAACUUCGUUCCGUUUGUUACCUCCGGUGUUCCGGGAUCUGUGGGACGAGCUGGAGCAGAAGCGUCGUCUAGAUGACGACACUACAAAUCGGGCUAUCUGGGCGAAAAUGCGCAGUAUCCUGGACACCAAGCUUGUGCCUCUAGAGAAGAUGGGUAGCCGUCCGUCGAAGAUUGUAGCGGAGUCGAAGGACUUUGGGCAUGUCCACUAUCGCGACCACAGUAACGAAGUUCCGCCAGAGCAGAUCAUCGCCGACUUCCAGGCACGACAGGCCAGUCCUGCAUACCAGGAAAUGCUCAAGCAACGCAACCAACUUCCAAUGGCUCACUAUAAGCAGGAUCUUCUCUCUCUAUUGGAGAUGUCCCAAAUUCUUGUGCUAAGUGGUGAAACUGGAUGUGGUAAAUCCACACAGGUCCCUGCCUUCAUUUUGGAGGAUCAGCUUCUGAAGGGACGCCACUGCAGGAUAUACUGUACUGAACCCAGGCGUAUUUCUGCCAUCUCUCUUGCCCAACGCGUGUCCCGCGAGCUUGGCGAGCCUGCUGGGGCCGUUGGUACUGGCAACUCCUUGGUUGGUUACGCUAUCCGACUUGAAAGCAACAUCAACCGCCGUACUCGCCUCGCCUACGUGACAAACGGUAUUGCCCUGCGUAUGUUGGAAGGAGGAUCUGGCCAGGGCGGACAGGGUACGGCGUUCGAUGAGAUCACGCACAUCAUUAUCGACGAGGUCCAUGAACGUACCAUUGAAUCCGAUUUUCUCUUGAUUGUUUUGAAGUCGUUGUUACUGCAGCGACCUGACCUGAAGAUUAUCCUUAUGUCAGCAACGCUCGAGGCAGAGAAGAUCUCAGCCUAUUUUGGGGGCUGUCCAGUCUUGUCGGUCCCUGGACGUACCUUCCCAGUCGAUGUCCGGUUCCUGGAAGAUGCCGUCGAGUUUACAGGCUGGAAGGUCGUCGAUGGUUCGCCGUAUGCCCGUAGGGGUAGGGACAAGUUCUAUCGUAACAAGGCCCGCCUCGACUGGACGGAAGACACUGCAGCUGGCGAGGAUGACGACGACACUGGUCCCCAGGAGAGUGUCACCCUGGAAAAGCGCUAUUCUCCUGAGACUAUAUCCACCGUCAAUCUCUUGGAUGAGCGCCUCAUUCCCUACGACCUCAUCAUCCGACUUCUUGAGCGGGUAUGCUUCGAGGACUCGUCCUAUGCCAGUUAUUCUUCCGCCAUCCUGAUAUUCAUGCCUGGAAUGGGCGAGAUCCGGAGGUUGAAUGACAUGUUGAUGGAGCAUCGGGUCUUCAGUGCUGAGGAUCAAUUCCGCAUAUAUCCUUUACAUUCGACGAUUUCAAGCGAACAGCAGGGAGCAGUGUUCGACAUCCCUCCACCAGGUGUGCGAAAGAUUGUAAUCGCAACUAAUAUCGCCGAAACGGGUAUCACGAUCCCUGAUAUUACCUGCGUCAUUGACACCGGAAAGCAUCGCGAGAUGCGAUUUGACGAGAAGCGACAGAUAAGCCGGCUUGUCGAGACGUUCAUAGCGAAAAGCAAUGCUGCUCAGCGAAGGGGUCGUGCGGGUCGUGUGCAGAGUGGGCUGUGCUUCCACCUCUUUACCAAGGCACGCCAUGAUACGAAGAUGGCCGGCCACCCCGACCCGGAGAUUAUGCGUCUUAGUUUGAGUGAUCUUGCAUUGCGCAUCAAGAUAAUGAAAGUGAACUUGGGCACAUCCAUUGAAGACGUUCUCUCUCGCGCUCUAGAUCCUCCGCUUGGUAUCAACGUCCAACGAGCCGUGUCCGCCCUGGUCGAGGUCCGCGCCCUAACCGCAACUGAGGAGAUCACGCCCAUGGGACGGUUACUCAGCCAACUUCCAACCGACGUACAUCUGGGGAAGUUCCUGCUCAUCGCAACGUUAUUCCGCUGUUUAGAUCCUGCUCUCACCAUCGCCGCUACCCUUAACUCCAAAUCCCCAUUCCUGACCCCUCUUGGCCUAGAGGCAGAGGCUGAGAGGGCGAAGCUCUCAUUCCGGACCGAGAACUCUGACUUCCUCACCCUCCAUAACGCGUUCGCCAGCUGGCGCCGUGCCAGUGGCAACGGCAUCGCGCGCAAGUUCUGCAAGACAAACUAUCUCAGCCACCAGAACCUGCAGCAGAUCGAGGAGCUGCGGACACAGUUCCUCAGCUACCUUGUCGACUCAUCGUUCAUCCAUGUCGACCGCGCGUUCAUCAAGGAGCUGAGCAGGGCACGUUACAACCGAGGCAAGACGCGCUUCGUGAUGGUCCCUCCGGACCUCGACGUCAACUCCGGCAAUGCAGCUAUUGUUCACGCCGCCCUCGCCGCCGGACUCUAUCCCAAGAUCCUCGCCGUCGAUCCGUCGAAAGGCGAAAUGAGGACGAUCACGAACAACCAGCCCGCCUCGUUCCAUCCCUCGUCCGUUAACUUCAGAAGACGUCUACCAGAAUUCGGCGUGAAUCACUUAUGCUACUUCACGUUGAUGCAUUCAAAGAAGCUGUACGCUUGGGAAACCUGCCCCGUUGAAGACAUGGCCCUCUUGUUGCUGUGUGGAGAUGCGGAAUUCAAACUCAUGGCGGAUUCUGUCGGCAUUGAUCGCAAGAUCCGCUUCCGUAUCCCACCCAAGGCCAGCAUCGCGCUGAAGCUCUUGCGCAGCAAUCUCGCCUCGAUCUUGUCGACCCAAUUCCGGACGCGACCGCUCAGUGAAUCGCAAGUGCGUUGGAAUGAGAUUGCCAUGAUCAUCCUGGGUAAGAUCAAGCUGGAAGGUCCACCCCAGCUACAGGAUGGUGUUACGCUCGUUAUCAACAGUCGGACAUAA